AUGGAGGGCCUUUACAAACCAUCCACUACAAGUAAAGCAUUACCAGCAGCCCCUACCGGUAACAACUUGACUGCUGGUCCAGGAGAACUUAAUGCAUUCUCAUCUGUUUCCCAGUCAUCGGUAUCUGGAAUUCUCGGUGUCGAAAGAAUUGGUUCUUCGCAAGUCCCUGGUUUCCAGACUGGUCGACGCUCUACAAAUAAUCACACAGAUCGCAGCCCUAUGAGCCAGGCUUGUGAAAGCAGUGUUGUACCUGGAUGUCAUCCUGUAAAAUACAUCAACAAAGGAGAAAUGUUCACUGAGCAUUCUUUGUGUCCUGAUCCACCUGGGCACGCAAGCCACAGUCUCAAUGGCAAAGACAAAUCAUUUGUGGGAGUCAUUUCUGCAAUCAACGCCUUAAACCUCAGCAUGAAUACAUCUCGUCUCACCAGCAUCGAUCUUGCCUCCUCUCUCGAAACAUACGCUGCUGUAAUCCACUCCCGAACGAACUCUUCAACUCAAGCCGAGAUGAAUGAGGCCUGUGCCAAUUGCUUCGAUCAUGCUGCCGUUUUCUGGAUGGAGUGGGCAGCUAUCCAAGCAAAAAUCCAAGUUUCCCUGAUUGAGGACCUAUAUAAACUCAAAGUUCUUGCUUCUUCCAUCGAGAAUGGGUCUAGUUCCACGGUGGAUGCUAUCGAUGUGGAUAGUAUCAGAGCAGUUGCUGUGAAACUAACGAAGACGAGCCACGAGAGCUUCAAAGAAGCGUAUGAAAAGGGUGCUGGUUGGUCUAGUGUUGGUGGACUUGACUAUUGGACCAAGAAACUUCCCGAGCCAGUUAUUAAAGAAGCGCCUACUAUCAAUACUCAUUCGGAGAGUAUCAAUCGGACCCCCACAGCUUUCGGUACUGCGAAAGUAUUUGCUGAAACUAAGAUAGAUAGGCAGUUUGCUUUGAGUAAAGAAUCCCAUAAUGAGCAUUUGGAAAACAAGCGCUCCAAUGAGAGUUUCAAUACCCAACAACUCGGCGCUAGAACAAAUAGCUCUGAUACUCUUUGUUCCUUGGGGGAUAACGAGUGUCAACCGGGCUUCUGCGAGGAGACGGGCAUUUUUGAAAUCGAUACAGAUGGAGUAGUCCGUCGUAAAAAUGAACGCUGCGUUCAUUCCUUUAAGUAUCCAAAUGGAAGGGCGAAUAGAGACGCUUUGUCGUCUGUUACCAAUGGAAGGCCAGUCCUUUCUAGAAGCUCAGAGAUUAUUAAUCUUGAUACCAUCUAUUCCAAUGCUAUCAAGAAAUCCAACAAUAAUCUUCAAGCUGCGGCAGAUCUUAAAACUACCCCGGAAGAAACCGACUCUGAGGAUGAGGACCCCUUAAAUAAAGAAAACUGCAGAGACACGGCAGAGGACCGGGAUAGCUCCAACAACCAAAAAAAGAGCAGGAUCGAACAGGAUAACGACGAUUCUCAUAUGCGCGAUGAGAGCCCGCAGGAUAAGGGAAAGUGUGUCCAAGAAAAUACUGUCGACAUGGAAACAAGCUAUUGGGACAAUCUUCCAUCCGCCUACCUGUAUCGCCCUCUCUCGUAUGCCAUCACUGAGGAAGGCUCCACCAUCACGACUCCACCUAAAGGACAAAUGUCCCCGGCAGCUACAGUUGGACAUGAAACGCCACUUAGAAGCGGAAUUCCGGCGGCAGCAGUCAAAAGGCCUGGUAACAUCCGCCGGAAAGGAAAGUUCCAAAAACAGGAUGGAUCAAUUCUAAUGUUAUCUAAGCGGGAAGCUGAUGAUUCGUCUUCUGAUGAUGAUACGGCUAAGGAGAGUUCAUCUAAUACUCAGAGUAACGGAGUAAGCCUUAGUGAGGAACCCAGAAAAAAGCCUACCAAUACCACCAAUGGAGGGCAAAACUUGAUUCCCCCAAAACUCCAGCAUAUUGAAAUUCCAUUUUUUGAUAGAGGUCCUACUGCCGUAGCUCAGCCAUUGGAACCUAACUAUAACUACCCGGACCAAUAUCCUAGCCGUGGAUACUUCUCAGAAGAUUUUUCCCCCCAACAAAAGGAGGAUUUGACUCUUGAAGCAACUAAGAGUCUUCCGGCGGACAAUGGUAAUCAGAAUACACCGGGUUGGGCCAACCGAUUCAAGAAGAUUCUGAAAUUUCCCCGUGGCAGCAGCGACCAAACAUCGUUAUUGUCGCCUACAAGUCUUAAAAGGCAGUUGAGCCCGGACCCCGAGAACCCAAUGUUCCCAAAUGCAAAACAGAAGAAGCCAAAUGUUUAA